CAAAGACGAGGAACGAGACGGGAAUUAAUGAAGAUCCCACACCAAAGGAUCAUCGGGGACUAGAAAUAAAAGAAACUUGUGAUGUUGAGAAAGGGGGAAUGGGUUUGGGUGGACUCGAGCAUAGGGGUGCCCAUCGGAGCAAGGGUCAAAGUAACACCGUCGGGUCAGCGGUUGGUGGUGGACGAUGAGGGAAAGGAGCGCAGGUUGUCACCGGAGCAGGAAGCCUCCCUCAAGAUCAUGCACCCUACAUCGGUGGAGGGGGUGGACGACAUGAUCAAACUCGGGGACAUGACGGAGGCCGGUCUCCUCAGGAACCUCCUGCUCAGACACAGACAAGGCAUCAUCUAUACCUACACGGGCUCGGUGCUGGUGGCCGUGAAUCCAUACAAAGAUUUUCCAAUAUACACAGAAGAGCAGGUGAGGUUAUACCAUAAGCGAAAACUGGGAGAGCUCCCGCCCCACAUCUUUUCCAUCGCUGAGGCCUGUUACUUUAACAUGACUCGCCAUCAAAAAAACCAGUGCUGCAUCAUCAGUGGGGAGUCUGGAGCAGGGAAGACCGAGAGCACUAAACUGAUCCUGCAGUACCUGGCAGCCGUCAGCGGUGAGCUCUCUGAGCAGCGGAUUGAGAAGCAGAUCCUGGAGUCCAACCCGAUUCUAGAAGCUUUUGGAAACGCUAAAACAAUCCGCAAUGACAACUCCAGCCGCUUUGGGAAAUAUUUGGAAAUCUUCUUCAACAAGGAUGGAGUGAUUGAGGGUGCACGCGUGGAGCAGUAUCUUCUGGAAAAGUCUCGUGUCUGUCGUCAGGCUCUGGAGGAGCGAAAUUACCACAUAUUUUAUUGCCUGCUGGCAGGAAUCUCAGCAGAGGAGAAAAAACGCCUGAGCCUCGGGAAUGCCAAGGAAUACAAAUUCCUUACCAAGGGCAACUGCAUUGCUUGUGGAGGACGAGACGAUGCCAAAGACUACAGUCGUAUUAAUUCCGCCCUAAAAACGCUGAAUUUCUCAGGAAAAGACUGUCAUGAAAUCUUCAAGCUCCUGGCGGCCGUACUACACCUGGGAAACGUCUGCUUUGAGGCCAACACUCAAAAUAACCUGGAAACCAGUGAAGUCAGCAAAUCAGAACAUUUCAAUGUGGCGGCAUCACUACUGGAGGUGGAGAAGCCCACCCUGGCGACCAAUCUGACUCAUCGAUCCUUUAAGACCAACCGCGAAAUGGUGACUAAACCUCUGAGCUGUGAACAGGCAGCUGACUGCAGAGACGCCUUUGUGAAGGCGAUCUACAAUAAGCUGUUCAUAUGGAUUGUUAAGAAAAUCAACAGUGUCAUCUACAAGAAGCUGACCAGCAACUCCAAAUCAGCCUACCUGUCCGUCGGCCUGCUUGACAUCUUUGGCUUCGAGAACUUCAACACUAACAGUUUUGAGCAGCUUUGCAUUAACUUUGCCAACGAGAAGCUGCAGCAGUUCUUCGUGGCCCACAUCUUCAAGCUCGAGCAGAAGGAGUACAUGAAGCAGGGCGUCAUGUGGGAUAGCAUCAACUUUAGCGACAAUCAGAAGAUUCUCGACCUUCUAGCUGGAAUGCAAUGUAAUGUGCUGGCUCUUGUUGAUGAAGAGAGCCACUUUCCAAAGGGUACAGACGCUACGAUGCUAGAGAAGUUGAACCAGCACCACAAAGGACACAAGAACUACAUCGCCUCCAGGAGUGAACGUGACACAAACUUUGGGAUUUGUCACUUCGCUGGCCUGGUUCAGUACGACUCCAAUGGUUUCUUGGAAAAGAACAGGGAUGCUGUCAGUUCGGACAUCAUUAAGAUGCUUGACAUGUCUGCCAAUAAGCUACUACGUGACAUAUUUGAGUCUGAACUGUCAACCAAUGGGAUUAAGGCUGGAUUGGCUGACACUCGCAAACAAGUGCCGACACUGAGCGGCCAAUUCCGGCAGUCUCUGGACUCCCUAAUGAAGGCUCUGUCUGCCUGCCAGCCUUUCUUCAUCCGCUGUUUCAAACCCAACAAUGGCAAGCAAUCUGAGGUGUUUGACAGAGAGCUGUGUAUGCGUCAGCUGAGAUACUCCGGCAUGAUCGACACCAUCCGUAUUCGGAAGCUGGGAUUUCCCAUUCGACACACGUUCGACGACUUCUUAAAGCGCUACAGGGUGCUCCUGAAGACGACCGUCUGCAACCCCAAUACCGAGUCUGCUUUGGCCUGUUGUAAAGCCAUCUGUGAGGCGGUGAUCGAAAGGGAGGGCGAAUGGAAAAUAGGCAAUACCAAAGUUUUCCUAAAGGAUGUUCACGAUUCUAUUCUUGAAAAGCGGCGGGAACAAGAGCUCAGCAGGGUAGCUUUGGUGAUCCAGAGAGUCAUGCUUGGACAGAGAGACAGAAAGUCUUUUCUGAGGAAGCGUUCGGCAGCCGUGGUGCUACAGCGGUCCUGGAGAGCCUACAUGAAAACAAAGGUUCAGCGCGGCUUUGAGCGGCUGGCAGCACUAAUCCGUAGCCGGAAACUCCAGGCAAAGUACCAAAAGCAGCGAGAAGCAGCAGUCGUCAUACAAGCACAGGUACGAGGCUAUGUGGCGAGGAAGGACUUGAAGAAAAAGAGAGAGGCAGUCACACGGCUGCAGGCGCAAAGGCGAGGAGUGCUGGCCAGAAGGGAAGUUGAGUCCAUGAUGAACACGGCUUUAGUUUUAAAACAGCUGGAGGAGGUCUCACAGAUACUGGACAAUGAAACCAAGUCAGAGUCAGAGCACGAUUCAGACGACGAAGAUCUUCCCGUCACGCCUUCAGUCAAUGUAGCAGACGAAGAAACUUCAGAAUCUGAGACGAGUCACAGCAGUCCAGAGCCUGUAAAGAUAAUCUCUGAGCUCUUGGAGCCAGAGUUGAUAGUCACCCCACCAUCAAACUCGAUAUCCCCGACCCCUUCGGUGGAUGAAGAUAAGGAGGAGGAGACCGAUGACUUUGAGGACGACGGUGAUGAGUUUUCAUUCUACAGGUUCAGCCAGCGUUACUUCCAGGACAGCGCCAGCCACACGCACAUACCCUACCGACUCAAGAAGUCUCUUCUGCAUCACGACGAUGAGGGUGACACACUGGCAUGUCUGACUAUAUGGUGGAUCAUUUUGCGCUUCAUGGGGGAUAUACCAGAACCCAAAUCCUCAGAUGCCAUAUCAGUGGCAUCAAGCAACACGCCCCAGGCUCCACCCAGCAGGCAGGGCAGGAGGCUGAGCAACUUGGUGGGACUGGACCAGAAAAUACUGAGGAAGAACAAGAAAAAGUUUGACAGAAGAGCCUCUUCUAUCCCCGAGGAGCCAGAAAACUUGACAGGAGAAGAGGAUGUUAUGAUUGGAGAGGGUACCACGCUGCAAAGGCCACUUUCAGACUUGGAAAAAAUUCACAUCAUCAUCGGCUAUGCUCUGUCAAAACACGGCAUAUGGGAUGAGAUCUAUUGUCAGAUCUGUAAACAGCUGUUGAAAAACAAUGACAGGAGGAAUCGUAUGCAAGGGUGGAUUCUCCUCUCCAUCUGUCUGGGGAUUUUCCCUCCAACAGACCUCUUUAGGAAGUAUUUAGAGAACUUUCUCCGCAGAGGGCCAUAUGACUACAGGGGGUAUUGCAUUGAGCGCCUGAAACGUAUCGUAGCCAAUGGACCAAGAAAAGAGUUGCCCUGCUGGAUAGAGCUACAGGCUGCCAGGACCAGGAAACCCAUUGAUACGACUGUGGAAAUACAGGAUGGUCGAAAUAUUGAAAUACAACUGAACUCGUCCUCCACAUCUGAGGAAGUCUGCCAAGAUGUGGCCAAUGACAUCGGUCUCAAAGACACCUACGGAUUCUCCCUGUACAUUAGGCUCUAUGACAAGAUGUGGUCUCUGGGGAACUCUGGGGCACACGUGCUAGAUGCAAUAUCUCAGUGUGAGGAAGAGAUGAGGAGGCAAGGCAGACUGGAGAAGGAUACCCCAUGGUCGCUGUCCCUCCGCAAGGAACUGUUCACACCCUGGCACGAAAGUAAACUAGAUGAAGUCAGCACAGAUCUUAUCUACAGGCAGAUCAUCAAAGGAAUCAAGGCAGGAGAGUACGUUGCUGAUAAGGAUGAUGAUUAUAUCCAGCUGGCAAUAAUGCACUAUUACAUCAUGUUUGGCUCCGAGUAUAGCGUUGAGAACGUCACCAAAGUGGUUAAUGAGUGCAUCACCACCCAGCUUAUUGAAAGCAAGUCUAAAACAAGAUGGACCCAGUUCAUCAGCUCAGCACACAAAGAGGGUCCUUAUGUCAGUGGGAGGCAAAACUCGGAUGAGGUAAAAGGAGAACUGGUGGACAUCGCACGCAAGAAGUGGGCAAUCCACUUUUCAAAGUUUUUUGAAGUCACAAUGAUGUCAGGACCACCUUUGCCCAAAAGCAGAUUUAUUGUGGCUAUAAACUGGACUGGCAUCUUCUUCAUGGACGAGAGAAAUAGGCAACUUCAUGAAAUUCCUUACAUAGCAGUUAGGAAAGUCCAGGAGAAGAGUGACAGUGCCCAGACCAUUAGCUUGAUCACGAUCACAGGAGAGUAUGUCCUGAAGUCUCCUGAAGCUGAGAAAAUUGUAACACUGAUAGAGAACAAUGUGGAAGGGCUGAGACAGCGCUCAGUGUUUGCAACCGCUCAGCAGGACUCUAGCAAAUCAGAUGACCCGCUGUUUCUGGUUUGUAAGCGAGGUGACCUCCUGCAAGUAGACAAAGAAAAAAGUGCCCCUAAUGAGAGCUGUUUCAUCGCCACCAACAAGCGCACUGGCAGCUCUGGUGCAGUCUAUAAGAAAAUAUUGCUGUUCCUGCCAACUCUUACCGAGCCGACUAGUGAAAUGCUGGAACAACUCAAUCCAAAGCAGGAUAAGAGGAGAGCUUCACUAGUUCUUAACCCCGUUCAAGGAGAAGAAACAGUGGCCCCUGUCUCUUUGAAAGAGUUUGCCCUUGAGAAUUUCAGAUCUGUGAGUGGCGGUCGGCAAGGAUACAAAGGAGGCAACAGAGAGAAACUGUGGGUCAUUUCCAGAGAGCCUCUCAAGCAACCACUCCUGAAGGUGCUGGUCAACAACUCUGAGCUCAGCAACCUGGCCUGCAGUGCCUUCACUGCCAUCCUGAAGUACAUGGGCGACUACCCCAUCAAACAUGUCCGCAGUCCCGUAGAGUUGACCGACCAGAUCUUUGGUCCAGCCACAAAGCAUGAAGAACUGCGCGAUGAAAUUUACUGCCAGAUCAUGAGACAGAUGACCGCCAACAGCAACAGUUUGAGUAUGGAGCGUGGGUGGCAGCUGAUGUGGCUGUGUUCAGGCUUGUUCCCGCCCAGCUGGGAUUUAUUGAAACACACACAGUGCUUCCUGGAGUCGCGGCCCAGAUACCCACUGGCUGCUCUUUGCCUGGAGAGGCUGCAGGAGAUCUGCAGUAAGAAGCCCAGGAAUCUUCCUCCCCAUUUCGUAGAAGUGGACGCUAUCCAACAGAACAGCCCUAAGAUCUUCCAGAAAGUCCACUUCCCAGAUGAUACAACUGAUAUAGUCGAGGUGACAUCAACAACCACAAUUGGAGACAUGUGCAUCAGCAUCGCCUCUCAGCUCAUUCUGUACUCACCUGAAGGAUACGGCCUGUACCUGAAAACACUAACCAAGACGGUGAGCAUGGAGGAGGAUAAAUAUUUCUUUGACAGUCUAAAGAUAACCUCAGACGUCCCCAAAAAAAGAAAAAAGGGGAAAGAAGUCACUCAGACCAAUUUACCUUCCUUGGUGCUCUUUAAGAGGAAGCUCUGGUUCAAUGUGAACCCGGGGAAAGAUGUGAAAGCAGAUCUCACUUUCCAUUUCCCACAGGAACGAUCGAAGUACCUGCGGGGAUACCACGACUGCACCAAAGAAGACAUGAUUACCCUGGGUGGGCUCCUAUUCAGAGUCAAAGUAGAAUCAGACAUGUCACAGUUCGUCAUGAUCCCCAAAAUGUUGAAGGACCUGGUUCCUGCUGACCAGCAAAAGAUCAUGUCCCCUGAUGAAUGGAAGAAGCACAUCAUCUCCUCAUACAAGCAGCAGAGUGGCAUCACAGUGGACGAAGCCAAAAUCGACUUCCUAAAAAUCAUUUCAAGUUGGCCAACCUUUGGCUGUGCCUUCUUUGAAGUUAAACAAACAUGUGAAUCUAGCUACCCAGCUAUACUUCUGAUCGGCAUCAAUAAGCAAGGGGUUCGCUUAGUAGACCCAGAAACAAAGGACACAAUGAUAAUGCACGAGUUCAGCCGCAUCACAGAAUAUUUCAGCAAAGGCAACUCCUUCCAGAUGACCAUCGGCACCAUGUUCAGGGGCAUCACCUUUGUCUGUGAAACCCCAAAUGCCCACACGAUCGAAGACCUCCUCAGAUCCUACGUCAGCAUGUAUGAAAAGGCAAGGCAGGCCCCCCUUAAUCACAGGAAGAGCAUAUUUUCUUAAGGUUUCACUGGCAGAAGUAUAGACUUAACCUUUGUGGAUUAUAUGUACUCCUGCCCAAUGUCUCUAUAGGAAUGUAUUUGUAUCCUUAAAAAUACAAACUCAUCAAUUUGUACAUUUAGAUUUUAGCAUUUACAAUUCUUUCUAAUGAACAAGCAUUCAAACUGUAAUAUUUCCAUUGUUACCGCCUUAAAUGCAGUAAAAUUCAGUUUUGUGAAGAAACGGUUGCAUGUCCACGACUUCAUCUGACAUUCAUGUAACUGUCAUGGCAUUAAACUAUGACGUCCAACUGUGUCCUAUUCCUACAAUGAUUAACAUUUAACAGUAAAUUUUGCAAUUCACAAAACACUGAUUACAUUUCCCUGCUGCUUCUUAUGUCUUGCAUUUUAAAACACAGCUUUUUUUAGCGCACAUUCCCAUCAGUUUCAAAAUAAAACAUUUUUAAAAACCCACUUUUCACCAAGAAAUAUGUGCACUUGCAUUAAAACGCAGCUCCCUUUUCACAAACAGGAACCCUUGUGCAUGGAAGUAUUUUCCAUUUUCAUUAAUACGUUUAGGAUAUGUGAAAUUCAUGUUAACAAACUGUUAAUCUUCACAUGCUUUGUAGUGUUUUAUGCAACAAACCAGAACAUUAUAAUAAGCCUGUGGCCUAAAAUAGACCAGAUUGUUGUUAAGGGAGGGAAAAAACUAACUGAUAAACUAUUCUUUACUGAUCGAGACAUUCAGUCCUUGCUAGGUCUUA